AAUUCACCUACAUCGCCAACCCCUUUAUUGAGGGAGACCCUGGUCGGUUUCUCCCCCCCGCACCCUCCAUCAAUGUGACCCGCGGAAUCUUUCAGCGCGCCCGCGCAGUGCCUCUCAGUGGAAUGCUCCGAGGGGCUAAUGGUCUUACCAUUGACUUUACCUAUAAGUGCUGGGUUGCUCGGUUUUAUUGAUUAUCUAUCACGUUUCGACGCGUCUGGACUAUUCCCAACAACUUCAUCCCCCAAGACACUCACCUAGAUGUCCUCAUAGUGCCAAGAUAUAGGUACUCAUCCGCUCAUCAUGGCAUUUAACAAUGUGAUAUCGGAUUUUGGCAAAGUUAUCGUUGGACAUCUCGAGCAUCGCACAGAAAAGGGGCCGCAAAAUGAAUCUAAUCGCGCUGACGCCCUUGUUACGACUUCGGAGGCGACUCUGGAAUCAUUCGCCGACGUAGACGAGAAGAAAAUAUUGAGAAAGAUGGACCUCCGGUUGAUUCCGAUGCUUGCGAUGCUGUAUUUAUUGUCUUUCCUAGAUAGAGGAAACAUUGGCAACGCGAAGAUCGAGGGCCUCCAAGAAGAUUUAAGAAUGAGUGCCGAUGAGUAUAACUGGUGCUUAACCGUGUUUUUCUUCACCUAUGCCGCAUUCGAAGUACCAAGCAAUCUAUUAUUAAAGAAACUACGCCCUUCAAGAUGGCUUCCGCUUAUUAUGGUUGCGUGGGGGGUAGUAAUGACAUUGAUGGGCAUAGUAAGGAGCUACCAUGGUUUGCUUAUUGCGCGAUUGUUUCUUGGUGUAACUGAAGCCGGCUUAUAUCCCGGGUGUGCCUAUUAUCUCACGAUGUGGUAUUGUCGCCACGAAAUCCAGCUUCGACAAGCCAUGUUUUUCUCGGCGGCGUCAAUGGCUGGCGCAUUUAGCGGGCUGCUAGCUUUCGCUAUCGCGAAGAUGGAUGGUGUUGGAAACCUCGAGGGCUGGCGUUGGAUCUUCAUCCUUGAAGGAAUAGCGACUAUUCUCGUUGCUAUUCUUGCAUUCUUUGUACUAUAUGAUUUUCCCGAAACCGCCUCGUUCCUCACCGAGAAGGAACGGGCAUUUGUCGUGUUUCGCUUGAAGUACCAAGGACAGUUACAAGGAAAAGAAAGUCCGCAUGUAGCCCAAGCGGAGGAGUUCGAGUGGAAAUAUGUUUUAGCAGCCUUCAAAGACUGGCAGAUAUGGGUUAACUUAUUUGUUUAUUGGGGUGUCGUGUGCCCAGUUUAUGGCAUCAGUCUCUUCCUCCCGACGAUUAUCAGAAAUCUUGGAUACUCUGCAAGUACCGCCCAGCUUAUGACGGUCCCGAUAUAUAUCACAGCGGCAAUCUUAGGCGUCAUAUUCGCUUUCAUAUCGGAUCGCCUAGGAAAGCGUAGCCCAUUCAUCAUCUCAUUCUUCUUACUGAUGAUCGUAGGGUUCUCAAUGUGCGUAUCUAGUACCAAUCCUCGAGUAAUUUACGGGGGUGUCUUUGUGGUAGCCUGCGCCAUUUAUCCGGCAUUCCCGGGCGUGGUCACUUGGCUCUCGAAUAAUUUAGCAGGCAGCUACAAGCGCAGUGCUGGAAUGGCCAUCCAAAUCGGCAUUGGGAAUCUAGGCGGAGCUAUGGCAUCGAACUUUUAUCGACAGAGUGAUGCGCCUCAGUACAUUCUCGGACAUAGCUUGGAGUUGGGAUUUAUUAGUGUCGGUGUCAUCGCCGCGGUGAUUCUGGUUAUAGCAUACACUUCCAUCAACAAGAAACGAGAUAGGAUCAUGCGCCAGGGUGGGGACAGUCAAUUCACUGCUGGGGAACUAUCCGCCAAGGGUGAUAAAGCCGUCACGUUCCGAUACAUGAUUUAGACCUUUAGAGACAGCAGAAGAGAGGACAUGGUUGUCCAAGCCGAGAGAAUGGAGUGGAAUAAUAGCCUUAUCGGUAACCAAGAGGUAGGUUCUAAAGCCUACCU